UAUAAGAGAGGGGCAAACGAGACCGUGGCCGUACAAAGGAAGUCCCAUUGUCCGUACCUCUCUCUCCCUCCCGGCCUCGUGCUCGCCGGGAACUCUUCUUCCAUCGCAAUAGAUUGGGGCUAGGGUUCAUUUCUAAUACGGGGAGAAGGAGAGGUCCGGACAAAUAAGAAAGACGGCUCCUUGACUGUUGAGGUACAAUCUUCUAGAGUUUGCGUGGUGCACAUCUUCGUCUUGUUUGGCAUCAAAGAACUUACCUUGCAACAUGUCUUUCCUCCAAUUAAAAUUCCAUUGACAUGAGUACGAGAUAGAUACUGUGUACUUCACUAUUUACUUCCCUCAUGGUAUAAUGUCUAGGAAGCAGCACAUUGCAAUAUUCACAACUGCAAGUCUUCCAUGGAUGACCGGGACUGCUGUCAAUCCUUUAUUUCGUGCUGCUUAUCUUGCAAAGAAUGGUGAUAGAGAAGUUACUUUGGUUAUCCCUUGGCUUUCUAUUAAGGAUCAAGAAUUAGUUUAUCCAAACAACAUCACUUUCAAUUCGGCAUCAGAACAUGACAGCUAUGUACGCCAUUGGCUUGAAGCAAGGAUUGAUUUUCAAUCCUGUUUCAAUAUAAAAUUCUACCCCUCAAAGUUUUCGAGAGACAAGAGGAGCAUUUUACCUGUUGGAGAUAUCACAGAAACUAUUCCUGAUGAAGAAGCAGAUAUAGCCAUCCUGGAGGAGCCUGAGCAUCUUAAUUGGUACCAUCAUGGUCGCAGGUGGAAGACCAAAUUCCGACAAGUGAUAGGUAUUAUUCACACAAAUUAUCUAGAGUACGUGAAGAGGGAGAAGAACGGGCCACUACUAUCCCUUGUUGUAAAAUAUGCUAAUACCUGGGUUACUCGUAUCUACUGCCACAAGAUUAUCAGAUUAUCAGCUGCUACUCAAGAUUUCCCAAGAUCUGUCAUCUGCAAUGUUCAUGGCGUCAACCCAAAAUUUCUUGAAAUAGGCAAGGCAAAGCUUGCACAUCUCCAGAGAGGUGAGCUAGCCUUCACCAAGGGUGCCUAUUACAUCGGAAAGAUGGUGUGGAGUAAGGGCUACAAAGAGCUCCUUAAACUGCUCUCUAAAUACCAACAGAAAUUAACUGGUGUGCAAGUUGAUUUAUAUGGGAGUGGAGAAGACUCUGAUCAAGUUCAACAAGCUGCUGAAAUGUUGAGUUUGGCAGUUAGAGUUUACCCUGGUCGUGAUCAUGCAGACCCUCAAUUCCAUGACUACAAAGUUUUUCUGAAUCCUAGUACAACAGAUGUGGUCUGCACAACCACAGCAGAGGCACUUGCAAUGGGAAAAAUCGUCAUUUGUGCCAACCAUCCUUCAAAUGACUUCUUCAAGCAAUUUCCCAAUUGCUACAUUUAUAAUGAUGAUGAUGAUUUUGUGAAGCUGACCAUCAAAGCUUUAGCUGAAGAGCCUUCUCCAUUACCAGAUCAUCUCAGGCAUCAGCUCUCGUGGGAAGCAGCAACGGAAAGAUUUCUGACUGCUGCCGAAUUAGAUCCGGUUGUUCCAGAAAAAUCUCCAGCAUCAUCAUCCAAGCCUUUCUUCUCAUCCUCUUUCAAGUCUCGCAAAUCGAAGAGGAACUUGGAAGAGGCGUCUGUAUACUUGCAUCAAAAAAUUUCUGGAAUCGAGGUUGCACGUCGCGCAUUUGGUGCAAUUCCUAAGAGCUUGAAACCUGAUGACCAGCUAUGCAAGGAACUCGGUUUGGUUAUUGCAGAAAAGAAGCCAAGUCGCAGGCGUUGAUACUAUGUUUUUUUCUUUUUUGAAAUCUCUUAAUCAUUUUGUUGUGUAUGAAAAUUGUACCAUGCCAAAUGCUCUCUCGAACUAUGUUAAUACAAGGAAAGAGAGAUCCUGGGAAGAAAUCUCGAGUUCUUGUUGAUGUAUAUUCUUCGUACAUUUCCAAUGCAAAAUCUACCUAUAUCCAAUUUCGCUUCCA